AUGUCGACAUCAUUAACGCCGAGGCGGCCUCUGGCCUGUCUCAAACAAGCACUGCGGCAAUGUCGGAUGGAACGACAACAACAGCGGAGACAAUACGCGCUACGACCGAGUGAAGAGACAAAGGAGGAUUCGUCCUCGCUUCUUCUAGACGCAGUGGCAGGGAAAGCACCAUACCCAUUGCCGACAGCAGGAUUCCGACCAUCUCAAGCCAUCAAGCAAAACCGCUUCAACACCAACCUCAAACCCAUCCGCAACUUCCCCCACGAACCCUCCUCGCGCGCCACCUGCAUCGACCCCGUCAAAGCCAUCACCGAGCAACAACUAAAAGUUCUCGACCCGAAGGGCGUGCGCACGCGACUCUUCUCCGCCGCGAACCCGGAACGCGUGCAACCGGGGGACAUUCUGCUCGUGCGGCUGAAAUCGGGCGAUCCGUUUUCCGGCGUGUGCAUCACGAUCCGGCGACGCAAUUCGCCCAUCGACACGGCGAUCCUGCUGCGCAACGCGCUGACCCGCGUCGGCGUCGAGAUGUGGUACAAGGUCUACUCGCCGAACGUCGAGGGCAUCGAGAUCGUCCAACGGGCGCAGCGCAAGGCCAGGAGGAACAAGCUCACGUACAUGCGGAAGCCGAAGCAUGACAUGGGAUCGGUGGAGAAGAUUGUGCAGGCUUACCAGAAGAAUCGGGUGGGCGGGCCGUCGAUGGGGUCAUCGCAGAGCAGGAACCGCAAGGGCAAGGAGGGAGGAGGAAAGCAAGCGAAGAAGAAUUAG